CGACUUUUUCCCAAAGAAGUGUUUUGGAACACCGCGGGCCGCACUAUCCAUGGCUCAAUGUCCAACUCUUCCUCCAAUGAUGUGCCUAGCUCACGCGCCCUUGAAGAGUUCUUCCGCUUCAUGCAGUGCCAGCUUCGCAUGGAAGCUGAGGGUUGUCUCCAAGAGGAUUUGGAGCUCCCAGAGCGUGAGGCAAACUUCUGGCAGACCUUCCGCACCUGGGUUCAACCCAACCUUGGCAAGAAGGAGAAAUGGAUGCCAUUCCAUACUGUGCUUGGAUCACACGAGCUCUUCAUUGUGCAGAAUAUUCACCACAACAAAGAUCUCCCCUGGAAUGAGAAGCGCAGGUUUUUGGCAAUGUUUGUGUUUCGAGCCCAUUGCCGGAGCAACGUCUUCCGGGAGGCUCAGUUGCCCCUCAUGCUGGAGGAGGACUUUUGGAGGGACCCUGUUGCGCAAUUCGCGGAUGAUGGGCCGGCCACGCAGUGCAUGCUUGUGUACCGGCGAAAAAGCCGACAACCCUUGCAGACUUCGGCAUUCUUGGCAAUCCCAGAGCGGCUCUGCCAGGACGACGACGAAAAUUUGGCACGGAAUGUGGCGAUGCGGACGCGGACGCUCUUGGAGGUGGCAGAGAAAGUGUGGCCUAUUGUCCACAAUGCGAAGCUCCCGAGCCUGGAGAAGUUUGAGGAGAUUUCGAAAACCAUCCAAGCUGGCAGACGCUUGGGGGAAACAUGGUCAAAGAUGCUGAUGGUGAGUAUUGACAUCGCCUACCCUCACUUGCAGCUCUUGGCGAGUACAUGCGAUGUCGGAGUGGGAGCACUCAAAGCUUUACAGAGGCUCUUCCCGAGCAAUAGCAUGGAUGACCCUCGCGAUGUUCUGGGAAAUGCUACCCGGGCUGCGAAUAGCUCUCAGGCAUCUGCCGCACAAAGCUUCUGGCGGCUGCUUGCCAAGGUGGAGAGCCUGGCACAAAAGCGCUUCGCUCAAUUACCUUUAGUCUUGGAGCAGGUCUCCACCAGACCAGGGCAACUCAGCGCAGUGACCAUGCAGGUCCAGUUGUGCGAAUGGCGACAGUUCUUGGAUUUCCUGGCCAAGGCUGGAACUCCUGAUGGUCUGGAUGAGGAGGCUACCGAGGAGGUGUCUGGACCAGCAAAAAAGGCCAGACGCAUCACUGGAAAACGGCGUGCGGAUGAUAUAGGAGUAGCUCCAGAAGCGGAGCACGAGGAUCUUCCAGAUGCCGACUCCGAAGACGAGAUGCCCUUGUCCAACAUUUGCAUGCCCCGCAUGCACCGUGUGACGCAGGUCCCUCAGGUGAAGAGCAAUGGAGUCCAAGUUGUUUGCCAGCACGAAUCUCCAGAGGGGGCCUAUGCGAACGCAGCUCGAGAAGCUUUGGGCCAAUAUCGUGCCAAAGUAGCAUCAGCCCGAAACGCGGUGAAGGCGCACGAAGCGCAAGUGCAACGCAGCAAAGCUGACUGCGAAGAGGCAACAAGCCAGGCCAUGACAGCGCUCCGGCGAAGCAGUCUGGCUGAGGAGGCCGUUAGGUCGGCAGAGAUUGAGACUAUGCAAUUGGAAUACCUCCUUCAAGCCUCCCACACCAAGACUGGUGUCACCCAGGACCUCUAUCAGAAGCUGGAUGAUGCAGGGGCGAAGCUUUCAGAAGGACAGUUUGAGGUGUUUGCCGGCUUGCCAUCCUUGGCAAAGGAAUCUUCUUUGCUUCCGCGAUUGUCCACCGCAGCUCAGAGCAGGAUGGCCCACAUUGAGAGCUUGAUGCAAGAGCUGGAAAACGAUGCGAGGGCUGAGGAGAUGGCAAGAGAGCCGUAUGUGGAUCAACAUGCUGAACUCGUCAGCCGUAGCAGCACAGCCUUGCAGGAGAGGGCAGCAGCUCGAGAGGCCGUGCUCGCCACACGAGAGGCACUACGUUUGGCCCAGCAACGGUGCCAGGAGGCCUUGCAGCAGCUGAACCAGCAGCGUUUGGCAUUACAACUGGCAGAAGCGGAGGUGCUCUCCUUGGAACAGCUGCUGUAACGCCAGACUGCAGCAGACCUGACUUCGACUGCGUGAGAAACCCGUGAUUGUGGUUGUUUGAUCCAGGAAAGGUGUCGGGCCAACACCAAUCAUCCAAUCAUCACUGAAGAAGUCUGAAGGCGUGUGGCAUCACCUAAAGAAGGGCAACCUCGAUGCGUUCGCUUGACACAUUCCAAGGGUUUAGAGGGAUGAUGGACAUGACAUAACAUCAC